AAGAGGAUAAUGACGGCACAUCACUGGGGCUAUGGCAAAGAGGACGGUCCUGCCAAGUGGCAUAAAGACUACCCCAUUGCCCAGGGCAAUCGGCAGUCACCAAUUGACAUCGUCCCUCAGGAGGCUCCUCAUGAUGCCAGUCUGAGCCCCAUUGUUCUGCAGUACGAGUGGUGUACCUCCAUCAGUAUUACCAACAAUGGACACUCUGUGGUGGUGGACUUUAAUGAUUCAGAUGACCGAUCAGUGAUUCGGGGAGGCCCUCUGGACAACCCCUACAGGCUGACACAGUUUCACUUCCACUGGGGUGGAAAGAGCGGUCUUGGCUCUGAGCACACUGUUGCAGGGAAGAAGUAUGAUUCCGAGCUUCAUUUAGUACACUGGAAUGUUGUCAAGUACAAGUCAUUUGCGGAGGCAGCAAAAGCUCCAGAUGGUCUUGCUGUCCUUGGUAUCUUUUUGGAGGCAGGUGAUGACCAUAGAUGGCUCCAUGUGAUAACAGAUGCUCUGUACAGGGUAAAGUUUAAGGGCAGUACCACAGAUUUCAAAGGUUUCAACCCCAUGUGCCUCCUACCCAGCAGCCUUCACUACUGGACUUACCUUGGCUCCCUGACCACACCUCCUCUCCACGAGAGCGUGAUCUGGAUUGUCCUGAAGGAGCCAAUCACAUUGUCUGAUAAACAGCUGGGCAUGUUCAGAAUACUUCUGUUCACUGGAGAGGAGGACGAUCAGCGGGUACGAAUGGAAAACAACUUCAGACCUCCUCAGCCUCUAAAAGGAAGAAAAGUGCGUUCCUCUAAUUAACGUGUCCACAUGAGACUGAGCUUAGACUGUACUGAUUUAUCUUUUAUAAGACACAGUUGUGGCCCUAAAGUUCAUCGCUGCCAGACACUGAGAUGAAUGUCUACCUCUGCUGGUCAGAAGCUUUAAUGCUAGAGGGGUGGAGUCAGACUGGAAUAAUUUAGGAGGAAAGCAAAGGCAUUUUAUUUCAGUGAUGAUAACACUGGUCUAAACUGUGUUGUGCUGUGAUCAGUGCAUUUAUUUAAUUUGGGUUGUUGAUCAUGUUGGACUUUAAAAUAUCAGAUUGUUUACAGCUUAAAGGACUGAGACAUGCAUCGGCUGUUAUUAUUAUGAGGAGUAGUAUUUUUAUUCUCUCUUGAGUCUAGAUUGUUCACAACUGUUUUCUCAUGUGAACUUACUUAUUCUUAACAUACUGCCCAAAAAGUCCAAUAAAUAAAAAAUGUUCAUACAAUCUUUAAAUAAAUGUGGAUUGAGCUUUGAA